AUGCCAGGCUCGACCCCGACGGCCGCUUACGCGAUCGCUUCCUCGUCGCCUACCUCUUCCCCCAAAUCCAAGUCCACCUCGACGCUCACCAACCCCUCUUCUCGAACAGCGCACAGCCACAUCCCUUCCCCGUCGCACUCGACUCCUUCCGCUCCCAAUCUGGUCUCGUCCGACCCCAAGAAGCGGCGUGUCUCGACAGCUGCAGCUGCAGCUUCAGCCGCAUCGUCGUCGUCGGCGAUCCCUUCCUCGCCCAGACUCAAAGCCCCUUCUUCUUCGAUCCCCGUCGCGAGUGCUUCUUCGACCACUUCUUCCCCCGAUCUAGCCGGCUCCAUCGGAACUACGAAUACUACAAGUACGAGCGGUAGCAAGAACAACAACAACAAGAAGAAGAAGAAAAAGACCGCCGCUGCUCGCAUCUCGACCCUCUCCGCAACGGCGAUCGAAUUCGAUCCUACGCCCGCGACGACGGUCAAAGUUGAGGAGGCCGAAAUGGCCAAGAGGGUCGAGCAGGAGGUGUUGAAUGCCGAGGCGCCGAGGUUCGAGCCGCCUGUGGAGGUGGUCAGGAGGGUCGAGGAGCAAGAAGAAGAGUUGCAUUUGAAGGAGCAGCAGCAGCAGAAGAGCGCCGAGGGGGUAGAAAUGUACGAGGUGGAUGCGCCGGUGGAAGAGACCAAGGUCGAGGAGGACAAGAUUGAGGAGACAGCUCUUGUCGAGGAAGCACACGUUGUUGAGGUUCAGACCGAAGCCACGCCCGAGCCUUCGGAGGCAGCCGAGGAGGUCCGAAAGGAAGCAGAGGUACCGGUGGUCGAAUCGGAACAAGUCAAGGUCGACGUCGAGCCGGAAACCGAGGUGGAGCUCCCUGCACCGGAGCCUAGCACGACGGAGGUCGAGGCCGAAACCGCUGUGCAGGAGGCUGAAGCGAAGCAAGUGGAGGACGCUGCGGUCGAGCAGGCCAAUUCGGAGGCUCCCAUUAUCGAGAAGACUAAGCAGCAAGUCGAGGAGUUGGCCGCUUCUGCAUCCGAGACGGCGCAGGUGAGCAAGAAGAUCGGUUUGUUCAUUUUUAUCCUUGACCUCUGUGCUGACCGCGUAUGAACACAGGCUGCCAAGGAGCACAUCUCUACCACCGCUGAAGAAGCCGUCGAACGAGCCGAGGUUCAAGCCGACCAUGUCGUCGAGCAGGCUAGUGAGGUGACGGAGGCGGCCGUCGAUAAGACUAUUGAAGUGGUCCAGAACGCCAAAGAGGUCGUCGCAGAAUCGAUCGAGACGGCCCAGAAAGUCGUUUCGGACAAGGUGGAGCAGGCCGCCGAGGUUGCAGAGGAUACCUACGAGAAAACCAAGGAAGUUGUUUCGGACGCUGCCGAGACCACGAAGGAGGUUGUUGUGGAUGCUGUCGAGACAACCCAGGAGGUCGUGUCCAAAUUAUACGAAACGACCCAGCAGGUCGUGUCGGAUUCGAUUGAGACGACCAAGGAUGUCGUUUCGGAUGCCGUCGAACAGGCUCAGGAGGCCGUUUCGGAAGCUGUCGAGACAAGUAAGGAGGCCGUCUCCGAGGCAUACGAGACUACCAAAGAGGUCGUCUCCGAUUCCGUCGAGAAGUCGAUCGAGGUCGCCGAGGAAGCAAAAGACUGCGUUGUCGAAGGGGCUCAGUCGUUCGUGGAGAACGUUUCGGCUGCUGUUCAAUCCGUCGUCCCGCCUGUGGAAGAGACUCGAAUUGUGGAGCAGGACAUGUCGGUGCCGAUUCAAGUCGAGAAGGAGAUUCAAGCGUCCGUCAUCUCCUCAUCCAAAUCGACCGACCUCCUCAUCUCAGCCGAAGAAAUCGCCGCUGCCCGCGCCACCUCCGAUCGAUCUCAAGACCGCAUUCCCGUGUCACUCCCCUCGGUAUCGGAUUUGACUUCUUCUACGGGUAUUCCCGAGACGUUGGAUGAGGACGAGAUGCCUCUGACGGCGGAACAGGUCAUCGCGCUUCCUAGUUUGGAUGAUCUGCUUGGUGUUGAUGAGGUUGAGCCGAUUAAGGUGGAGGUUGAGGAGAACGCUGGGCUUUCAGUUUCGGCUGUGCCGGAGCACCUUGCUGCUUCAGGGUCGGAGGCCGAGGUUGUCGAUACACCGAUUGCACCUAUCUCGGGUGAGAACUUGGCAUUUUCGGCGGAUGAAUCGGCAUUAACGCUUCCCGCAACAACAAAUGACGCCGCCGCGCCUUCCGCUCUGGGAGGUGAGAUGCUGACUUCCAACUCGGCUCCUCCGUCAUCCCACGGCAACGACGACGACGACAAGGAUCCCUUUCACCAAGCGGAAGAUGCCCCCUCUUUGACUUUGACGAUCGUCAACACAUGGAAAACGACCCCUUGGGCAGCCAAGUUACCUGCUAUUCUCGCUUCCGUCGUGAUCAACUUUGGUCUGCCGUUCAUCAACGGGGUCAUGUUGGGUAAGUGCUUUGACUUCGGCUUGUGGGACAGCUUGUGGUCGGGCUAGAGACUGAUCCCUUUCGGGCAUCCUGCAUCCUCAGGUUUCGGCGAAUUAUUCGCGCGCAACUUCAUUGGUGCGCGAAUGGGAUGGGGCAACCCUUUCCGAGCACCGGGGCUCGACACAAGAGGGGAAAGAGCCAAUACUGCCGGUGUAGGGUUGCGGGCUGCAGGACCUUCCAAGAUCCCUCCUGGUGGAGCUGGGAAGAGGACGGCGAUUGAGGCGUUGGAGGUUGAGGCUAUGAAUGUGGCUAGGGAGGCUUAG